AUGGAGCAAAGAGUGGGAUUCGAUUAUCUCGUUCAAUGCGCUGAGAAUUUGAACGACGAGUAUGCACAUGAAGUUUGUGCGGCCUUAGAGGCGGAGGAAACGACAAUGAUUGAGAGCAUCGUCGGGGAGCGGCAAAGGUGGGAGGCUGCUAGAAUUAAUUCUGAUGUAAUUGCGGAUAACAAAGAAGACUGCCUCAUGCUGCGAUGGCUAGCCAUCCCCGGCAAUGCCAAGCUGGCAUGGGGAGAAGAUGAUGAUGAGAAUGAUGAGAAUGACGAGGAUGACGAGGAUGACGAUGAGGACGAGGAUGAGGUGGAAGAUGAGGUGGAAGAUGAGGUGGAAGACGAAGAUGAAGAUGAGGAUUACCAGAACACCCACUUGCUGUACAAAUCCUCACCUCUCAUUACCAUAGCCUAUAAGCAAGUCAUUCGCGACUCUGAGCAACUGAUUCACAACCUCCAAAAGCAAGGCCCAAACCAAGCCAAACCUGCAGAAACCAUCAUCCAAGCAGCAAGAUCCUCGGGACAAGAGCAACAAAAGAUCCAUCUCCCCUACCAGAACUCUUAUACUCUCAUACCGUACAACCCAAUCGCAACUUUCCCAAGGUCUGGAUCUGUCGACGGAGGGCUUGUCCUCCACGCCACGUGA